CCAACCACCCUGCCAUUGCGUACGUCUCGCAUCGCUUGUUCCACCGUUCUUUCUGACCAGCCCCUCAGCGAGCAGCUGCAUCAGGAACAGGUCGAGCACCUCGGGCUCCCAGGAGGCAGCUUCCGCGAGAUGGCAUACGAGGACAUGAGGUCGCUGCCUAUUCUCAAUGCCACCCUCCAGGAACCGCUCCGCAUGCACUCGCCCAUCCGCAGCAUCAGGCGUUACGCGCGGAGCGGCCUGCCCGCGCCUCCUUCGCUCGCCGCACUGCUGGAGGACAACGUGUACGUUGUUCCCAAGAGCCACACCGCCCUCGCGUCACCUGCACUCAGCCAGCUCGACGCGCUCAUCUGGAAGGACGCGAACGUGCGGGAUCCCAGCCGGUGGUUCAGCGCGGCUGGCUUUGCGGUGCAGGAGUACGAUGAGAGCUCGAGGGUCGAUUUUGGCUUCGGGCUGGUCAGCAAGGGCACGGACAGCCCAUGCCUUCCCUUCGAGUGGGAGGGGGUGCAGGCAAGGAGGUGA